UCCAGUGGAAAAUGGCGCCCGUUGUGACGGGGAAGUUUGGUGAGCAAGCUCCACCGCAGCGCCUGACGAGAGAGGCCAUGAGAAACUACCUGAAGGAGAGGGGAGACCAGACCUUACUCAUACUACACGCUAAAGUGGCACAGAAGUCUUACGGCAACGAGAAGAGGUUCUUCUGCCCUCCUCCUUGUAUCUAUCUGAUGGGUUGUGGCUGGAAGAAGAAGACGGAGGAGAUGGAGAGAGAGGGCUGUUCAGAGCAGGAGGCUCAGCCCUGUGCCUUUAUAGGGAUAGGAAACAGUGACCAGGAGAUGCAGCAACUCAACAUAGAGGGGAAGGACUUCUGCACAGCUAAGACUCUAUACAUCAGUGACAGUGACAAGAGGAAACACUUCAUGCUGUCAGUCAAGAUGUUCUAUGGUAACAGCACAGACAUAGGAGUCUUCCUUAGUAAGAGGAUCAAAGUUAUCUCUAAACCAUCCAAGAAGAAACAGUCUCUGAAGAACGCUGACCUGUGUAUAGCGUCAGGGACCAAGGUUGCGUUGUUUAACCGGCUGCGUUCUCAGACCGUCAGUACCCGCUACCUUCACGUGGAGGGAGGGAACUUCCAUGCCAGUUCACAACAGUGGGGAGCCUUCUACAUACACCUCUUGGAGGAGGAAGAGCCGGAAGGGGAGGAGUUUGCAGUGAGGGAUGGAUACAUCCACUAUGGUCAGACUGUCAAACUGGUCUGUUCUGUCACUGGUAUGGCGCUGCCUAGACUGGUGAUCCGUAAGGUGGACAAGCAGACAGCGUUGAUGGACGCAGACGACCCAGUGUCUCAGCUCCACAAGUGUUCCUUCUACCUGAAAGACACCGAAAGAAUGUACCUCUGUCUCUCACAGGAGAGAAUCAUUCAGUUCCAGGCCACGCCCUGCCCCAAAGAGCCCAGUAAGGAGAUGAUAAACGAUGGAGCCUCCUGGACCAUAAUCAGUACAGACAAGGCAGAGUACACCUUCUACCAGGGGAUGGGUCCUGUACCCUGUCCUGUUACACCAGUCCCUGUGGUGGAGAGUCUGCAGUUGAAUGGUGGAGGUGAUGUGGCCAUGUUGGAACUGACAGGACAGAACUUUGCUCCAGAUCUCCGAGUCUGGUUUGGAGAUAUCGAGGCUGACACCAUGUACAGGUGUGGAGAGAGCGUGCUCUGCGUGGUGCCUGACAUCUCGGCCUUCAGAGAGGGGUGGCGCUGGGUCCGUCAGCCCGUCCAGGUCCCCGUCACCUUGGUCCGCAACGACGGAGUCAUCUACUCCACGGCCCUCACCUUCACCUAUACCCCAGAACCAGGCCCUCGUCUUCACUGCAGCGCUGCCGGAGCCAUCCUCCAGACCCACAGUCACAGUAUCUCCUCUUCGUCCUCAUCCUCGCCUUCCUCAGGGAGUCUGGGGAUGGGAGGUUUAGGGGGGUUGGCGGAAGGACAGACGGGCUACGGGAUUGGUCAAGGGGGAGGGUCAACCAAUAGCGUUGGGUUGUUGUCGGGUUCAUCGGUGAUGUCAGUAUCGUCAUAGCAGCGGGGAAGUGUGUGUGUGGGAGGGAGGUGAGAGGCUCAUGGACCUGCUUUGGAACCACCCUCGCUCGCUCAAGGACUCUUUGGAAAGAGAGCGAUUGAGUUGAGGAGGAGAAGGGAAGAGAGAUGAGGUUCUGAUGAAAGACAGACCUGGAUGGAGGGGGAUCCCCUCUCUCUGGCGCCCCCGUGUGGUCGGUUGUGGACAUGACACUGCAGCCUGGGUCAUUCAGUCUGGGAGAGGUUUCACCUCGAGGAUGACACAAUAACUAGGAGCCCUUUUUAUACAUUUGUUGGAGAACAACUUUUUGUUUUAUUUUCAACACUCACUCUUUCUACAAAGUUUAGAUCUUUUUUUUUUGACCCACAACAAAGAGCUUUGGUAAUGAUGGAGAUAUCACUCGUGUGCAGAGAAACGUCAUUAUUGUUUAUGGGUGAAACAUUUUAUUAUAGUAACAAUUUUUACGGACCAAGGAAUAUUAUUGUUAUUUUAUUCUUUAUGAUAUUUUAUAAGCUUUAGCCGAGGUACAUUUUCAAAUGUUUUUGUUGUUGUAUUAUAAUGUUUUUGUGAGUUUUUGUUACCAAAUAGUUGUUUUGUUUUUUUCUCCAUUUGAGAACGAGAGAGAACUCUGAGGAGACGUGAUUCAGGCUGCGUCUCAAUCGCCUAAAAACUGGAUUUCUCCCUUUAUUAGUGUGAAAGAGUGACGCGACCUCGGGGUGCUUUGUGCAAGUCUUAAAGUCUGGAAAAGGUCAGGGUUGUAGUUAUCUGAAGAGUUGAACAACUGAAAGCAAACUCGCAGUAGGUUAUCUCUCUCUCUACCUCAUCUCUUCCACCUUCUCCGGAUUAAGGAGAGGAUCCGGACAGGACAGAGAAGGUGGAAGAGAUGGGGUAGAGAGAGAGAACCUACUGCGAGGUUUGGUGGUAAAGGGAGGAAGGAAGCCAUUUUGAGACGGUUGACAUGCACCCCAUAAUCUCAGACAGUUUCUAUAGCAACCUUAAAUCUUCCUGGCCAAUCGCCUUAAAUUGAUCAGUCUCUCACCAGACCUUUUUUAGAAGAAACGGAAAAAAUAUAUACUUUUUUUUUUUUUUUUUUUGUAUGUUGUGUGUUUAUAUAAGGCUGUCGUUUUCUGAAACUGUCUAAAGAGUGUUUGGUCGACACUCGUCAAGCCAAGGCCUGGGAAUGUUUCAUCAUGUCCUGAUUUCCUAAAUAGUGCACUACUUUAGACCAGGGCUCUCCUAUAGGGGAUCCUAAAUAGUGCACUACUUUAGACCAGGGCUCUCCUAAAAGGGAUCCUAAAUAGUGCACUACUUUAGACCAGGGCUCUCC